UUAGAGCUGGAGAGGGGGCCUGCAGAGCUUAGUCUGAGCUCAGGGAGCAGAGGCCACUGCACCUCGGCCCUCCCUAGAGCCUAGGGGGCUGGGGCUCCUCAGGGCAGCAGCGCGCGCAGCAGGAGGGGAGGGGAACCCACCUGAAGCACAGCGCCGCUCGUGCGGGAGCUCCAAGUGGGCGGGGCCUCGAAGCCGGUGGCGCUGGCGACUGCGCCCAGCCCGCCAGAAGAGCGCGCGGCGGGCAGACGGCGGGGAGUCGGUCUUUCUGUAGAUACUGGAAGCAAAGCUCCUACCAACAGAACUGCCUCUGUGCGGAGUCCUUGGAAAAAAACCUGCAUGAUCCAAUCUCCUAGACUUGGGAGAAGGAAGGGAUAUGAGGUGAAAGAUACUCAUCCUCUUAACAGCUCAAUGUCCAAUGGAAAGAAUGUAAGGAAUCUUCUCACAGUUAGAGGGAGGAAUGUUCUGCUGAUGGGAAGAGCAGCUGGCUAAGGAUCUGAAGAGUAGAUAUCUUGAAGAAUCCAGCAUCAUACUGUGACGUGAGUGGCCAAGAACCGCCAGUUUGGGGCAUCAGCUUUUGACCUUUGUUCUGGAAGAUCUCAAAGGAUGCUCAAUGAUGAAACGCCUUAGGCUUCUCAGCAGCAGUGAGAGUUCAGAUGAGUGUCCUUCCACUUCCUUUACUUCUGGGCCAAUGUAUAGGAAGAAGUCAAAAAAUCCAAAAGAACACAAGAAAUCUGCUGAGGUAUUCCGAAAGGACCUCAUCAGUGCUAUGAAAAUUCCAGACUCUCACCACGUUAAUCCCGACAGCUACUAUCUGUUUUCUGACACAUGGAAAGAAGAAUGGGAAAAGGGAGUCCAAGUACCAGCCAAUCCAGACUCUAUUCCAACACCUUCUCUCAGAAUUAUAUCUGAAAAAAUAAAGGAGAUUCUCUUUGUCCGGCCCCGGAAAUACAUCCGUUGCUCCAGCCCAGAGAAUGCAGAGCCUGGCUACAUCAAUACCCUGGAGUUGGCAGCAUCUACAUGCCGCUAUGAUCUAGAUGACAUGGACAUCUUCUGGCUUCAGGAACUCAAUGAAGACCUCGGAGAAAUGGGUUAUGGGCCAAUUGAUGAGACUCUUAUGGAAAAGACAAUAGAAGUUCUGGAACACCACUGCCAUGAAAAUAUGAACCAUGCUAUUGAGACAGAGGAAGGGCUAGGCAUAGAAUAUGAUGAAGAUGUGAUUUGUGAUGUAUGCCGGUCUCCAGACAGUGAAGAAGGGAAUGAUAUGGUAUUCUGUGACAAGUGUAACGUCUGUGUGCAUCAGGCUUGCUAUGGCAUCCUCAAGAUUCCAGAAGGCAGCUGGCUCUGUCGUUCCUGUGUCCUGGGCAUUCAUCCACAGUGUCUGUUAUGUCCAAAGAAAGGCGGAGCUAUGAAGACCACCAGAACAGGGACUAAAUGGGCUCAUGUCAGCUGUGCCCUGUGGAUUCCAGAAGUCAGCAUUGCUUGUCCUGAGAGGAUGGAACCCAUCACAAAAAUCUCCCAUAUCCCGCCCAGCAGGUGGGCCUUGGUUUGCACCCUGUGCAAGUUGAAGACAGGGGCUUGUAUUCAGUGCUCUGUGAAAAGCUGCAUCACUGCCUUCCAUGUUACCUGUGCCUUUGAGCACGGCCUAGAAAUGAAGACCAUCCUAGACGAGGGAGAUGAAGUAAAGUUCAAGUCAUUUUGCCUCAAGCAUAGCCAAAACAAGCCAAAACUGGGGGAUGCUGAAUACCAUCACCACAGAGCUGCUGAGCAGAGCCAGGCAAAAAAUGAGAAAACUAGCCUGCGGGCACAGAAGCUUCGUGAGCUAGAGGAAGAAUUCUAUUCCUUGGUCCAGGUGGAAGAUGUGGCCACAGAACUGGGGCUAUCCACAUUAACUGUCGACUUUAUCUAUAACUACUGGAAACUAAAGCGCAAAAGCAACUUCAAUAAGCCAUUAAUUCCUCCAAAAGAAGAUGAAGAAAAUGGCUGGAUACAGCCAAAAGAGGAAAGCAUUCAUACUCGCAUGAGAAUGUUUAUGCACCUGCGGCAGGACCUAGAAAGGGUCCGAAAUCUAUGCUACAUGAUAAGCAGACGAGAGAAGCUGAAACUGUCACACACCAAAGUGCAGGAACAGAUUUUCGGUUUGCAAGUCCAGCUUAUCAACCAAGAAAUUGCAGAAGGACUUUCUUUGCCAAAUGCACUAGAGAACUCAUUGUUUUACCCACCACCACGAAUUACCUUAAAGUUGAAAAUGCCCAAAUCAACCUCAGAAGACUGCCAAGACAGCUCCACAGAGACUGAACACCAACCCUCUUCUCCAGGCAGCAGCUCCCCUGGUCAUAAUAAAAGGAGCCUACAGGUGCCUCAAGAGCCACUGGACCUGAAUGUGAAAGCAUAUUCAAGACAUUCACUAGAAAGCAAAAGUAACUGUUUGCUGGCUAGCCACAGUCAUUCUCAGAGUGAAGCCAAGGGAUCUAGUCCUGGUUGGAGAGCUCCAUCUUCAGAGUUCUAUCAUGGGCAGUCAUUGGGGAAGCCUUUGGCUCUACAGGCUGCCCUCCAUGGACAGGCUUCUAUUGGUAAUGGGAAGAAUCAGCCUAACUCCAGGCUUGCCAGCUCCAAUGGCUUAGAGGGCAACUGGUCUGGGAAUGUCAUCCAGAAAGAUAACUCAAGUGAGAUAUUCUGUGGCCAGGAGUCCAUGUUUAGCUCCCAAUUGCCCAGUCAGGGUAGCACUAGAAAAUCCAGCAUGGAACACUUCAGCAGGUCCUUUAAGGAAGCCACCAAUACAUGGGUGAGGCCCACUGAGGACCUCCAAUGUUAUGUGAAACCAACUAAGAAUGUGAGCACUAAGGAGCAGUGGGGUAGGCAGUUUGUCAGGCGGCCCACAGGGAGAGCUCCAUAUCAGGAAGCUGAUGGGUAUUGCCCUGAUUUGGAGCUAAGUGAUUCAGAAGCAGAAGGGGAGGGGAGUAAAGAAACAGCCAGGGCAAGGAGAGAGAGUUCUGACAGAGAUAAUCCUCCCCGUGAUUCUGCACGGGAAUGCCAUGGUAAAAGCAAGACACAUCCUCAUUCCCACAGUUCAAUGCAAAGGUGAUCAGAAAUUCCUGAGGAUAACUCAGCCUUUGCCUUUGCCCCAUAUACUGGGGGAAAUCCAAACACCAAAAGGAUUCUAGUAUAUAUUAGGAGGAAUUGCAGGGAAAAGGAUGGAAUUUUUCUACAGUAAGCUGAUUUGCAGUUUCUGAAAACUUUUCAGGUCUAGUUUUUAUAAGCACAUUAUAAGAAUUGCAGAUUGUCUCGAGCCUGGUUGUCAGGCUCUUGGGAACAGUUGGGCCCAGAGUAUUUGCUCAGUGAGUAAGUACUUCAGGGCAGCUUACAUUAACACACUGAAGACUCUACAUGUUAAGAAAUCCUUGUAUUAUUAAAGGAUUUGCAAGAAACCAUGACAGACACUAAAACUACUUAUCUUUUGAAGCCACAGCAUGUGACUCGCAGAGCACAUGUCUGUAGAAAGUUUCUAACUCCACUGGUAUCUGUAAACCCUUUUCAAGGGAGAGACCAGGAGAGCUACAUUCUCAGAUACUGUUACUCACUGUUGUUUUCCCUUGCUUCAUGCAAGGUUGACUUUUUUUCACAGUAUCAUAACACAAAGUCAAUUCUCCUAAGUGUCCAGUGCCUGUUCCCAGACCUGCUUGUUGGGGACGCACUCAUAACUCUUAUUACCCAGCUAACAAGCUAACUUGUGGAUAGUGUUUACAAAAGUACUACUUCCGAGGAAAAUGCUCUGAUUAUUGAGGCAUUUGUGAAGAUUCCCAGAGCCUUUCCCAAAGUGUGACCAUUUCUGGGAUAUUUCUACCAGGUCAGGGUUUUUUGUGUUGUUUUCAGAUAAGUUUGACUAAAGUUUGGCUGACAGUUUUUGUAUACCUGCUUUAAUGUUUAUAAAAUUUUUAUUGAGGUAUAAUUAAAAUAUAGUGUAAUGCACAGAGGUUAAGUAUUCUUACCUACUUUAAUUUUGAAACAGAUUUUUAUUGUCAGACAGAAUUUGAAAGCAUGUGUUUAACACAUGGAUAUAAUUUAGCUUUGUAUCAAUUUUGAAUCCAAGGCAAUUUCCCAAACAUUAGAGUUGGAGCCAUUUUUCAGAAGUUGCUUAAACCAUGUUACCAAAUGAUCAGCCUUGACUAAUUUCUGGAGGAAGAGAAUAAUUACAUUUCGGAGCAGAGGAUAAAACAAGUCUGCUUCCAAUUUAAGAAAAGGGGGAAAGUAGUAGUUUGUAUAAAUGUGAAGCAAACUAUAAUUAUCAGCUCCCUUUUCUUCUUAGCCUUAAAUUAAUAUUCUCUUUCUUCUAGUUUGGGGACAUAUACUGAGAAUUUUCAGACAAAAGGGGCCAUUUUCAACUUCUAACGUUUUGUGCUGGUGAAAGUAGCCAGCUGCAGUAGGUGCCAGUGAGUGGAGGCAGUAGCCCUCUAGCCAUUACCUUGGAGCUGGGAAACUCAGCAGCUUGCCUCUCCCCAAUUUGGAGCCUUAUUAAAGGCUUCAUUUUGUUUUUGUUUUCUCCUUUUCUGAAAAUGUCUGUAUUUUGCCUCUCUUUUGGCUGCAUCUUCAAAUGUUUCUUUUGUGCCUAUGAACAUGUGUGGCAGGUAUCCUGUAUUUUGUUUGAAUUGAAAAAUGAGGAAGAGAAUUUUGCUUAUUCAUGACCUCCGCUUCUGUGCUUCUUUCAGUACUCCUAGGGCACAUGUUAAUUUGAUACUUUUGUGGUAAUGAAAGUAUAAAGGAGCUGGGCUGUAAACUCCUUAUGUUAAAAGCUGGUAUGAUUGCCUGUAUCCUUUCAUGCCUUUGAAUUCUAAGUGGGAGGAAAAGCAAAGAUGGAAACAGUGCUUCAGCCAAAUUCCGUAUAUAAUGCCAUUGGGAGAGUAUUGCCUGAAAUAUCAUUCCAGUCAGGGAAAUAUAAUGGUAAUAUUUUUACAGGAUUUUCCUGGAUAAAUAAAUGAGCCUUCAAUUGUAUACAUUCCAAUUGCCCCAAAAUGCAUCUGCUACAUUUUGUUGUUUGAAGUAUUACCUCUUAACUUUUGUUAAUUUUUUCACCUUGUCUUAUAUAAUUCAAUUUUUGAAGAUGAACUCAAUCUUUUUCCAAAUGUCACCUUUUUACCAAUACUUUUUCAUUAAAUUAUGAAAACUGUU